AUGUCUUCUAGUUCUGACACUGGCAACAUACAGGAAUCUAUAAAACAUGGACUUACACCAGUUGGUGCCGCUCUCCCGGACGGACACGGAGCCCCCAUCCCGGCCCGCAGCCGCCUUGUCAUGCUGCCCAAAGUGGAGACGGAAGCCCUGGGACUCGCCCGAGCGAAUGGGGAGCAGGGGCAGAUGCCGGAAAACAUGCAAGUGUCUCAGUUUAAAAUGGUGAAUUACUCUUAUGAUGAAGACCUGGAAGAACUGUGUCCAGUUUGUGGAGAUAAAGUGUCUGGUUACCAUUAUGGACUUCUCACCUGUGAAAGCUGCAAGGGAUUCUUUAAACGAACGGUCCAGAAUAACAAAAGGUACACAUGUAUAGAAAAUCAGAACUGUCAGAUUGACAAAACACAGAGAAAGCGUUGCCCUUACUGUCGAUUUCAAAAAUGUCUAAGUGUUGGAAUGAAGUUAGAAGCUGUGAGAGCUGACCGAAUGCGUGGGGGUCGAAACAAAUUUGGACCAAUGUACAAGAGAGACAGGGCACUGAAGCAGCAGAAGAAAGCUCUUAUCCGAGCAAAUGGACUUAAACUGGAAGCCAUGACUCAAGUGAUCCAAGCAAUGCCCACUGACCUGACAAUAUCCUCUGCAAUCCAGAAUAUCCACUCUGCUUCCAAAGGCCUACCUCUGAACCAUACUGCCUUGCCUCCUACAGACUAUGACAGAAGUCCCUUUGUAACCUCUCCAAUUAGCAUGACAAUGCCGCCUCAUGGCAGCCUACAAGGUUACCAAACCUAUGGCCACUUUCCAAGCCGUGCUAUCAAGUCUGAGUACCCUGACCCUUACACUAGCUCUCCAGAGUCAAUAAUGGGCUACUCAUACAUGGAUAGUUAUCAGACAAGCUCACCGGCAAGUAUUCCACAUCUGAUAUUGGAACUCUUGAAGUGCGAGCCAGAUGAGCCACAAGUCCAGGCUAAGAUCAUGGCAUAUUUGCAGCAGGAGCAAGCUAACAGAAGCAAACAUGAAAAGCUCAACACAUUUGGGCUUAUGUGUAAAAUGGCUGACCAAACCCUCUUCUCCAUUGUUGAGUGGGCAAGGAGUAGCAUCUUUUUUAGAGAACUUAAGGUUGAUGACCAAAUGAAGCUGCUUCAGAAUUGCUGGAGUGAACUCUUAAUUCUAGAUCACAUUUACCGGCAAGUGGUACAUGGGAAAGAAGGCUCUAUCCUUCUAGUUACUGGGCAACAAAUGGAUUAUUCAGUAAUAGCAUCUCAAGCAGGAGCCACCCUCAACAACCUUAUGAGCCACGCACAGGAGCUAGUAGCAAAGCUUCGUUCCCUGCAGUUUGAUCUACGAGAGUUUGUGUGUCUCAAAUUCUUGGUGCUCUUUAGUUUAGAUGUCAAAAACCUUGAGAACUUCCAGCUUGUGGAAGGUGUUCAGGAACAAGUGAAUGCUGCUCUGCUGGACUAUACAAUGUGCAACUAUCCACAACAGACAGACAAAUUUGGGCAACUUCUCCUGCGGCUACCAGAAAUCCGGGCCAUCAGUAUGCAGGCCGAAGAAUACCUCUACUACAAACACCUGAAUGGGGAUGUGCCAUGUAAUAACCUUCUCAUUGAAAUGCUGCAUGCAAAGAGAGCAUAA